AUGAGUCACGCAAAACGGUUACCGGAGUUACCACCCCUACCUGCUUCUGCUUCAGCUGCACCUUCAGAGUUGUAUGAGCUUGUCCUUAAGAGCAGCUGUUAUCCUUCUUUGAUGCAACGAGCAUCAUGGACUUUGGCAGCUCCAUUCAAAGAAGAGAGCUACUACCGAAGCCCAAGUGACUCCAUAGCUAAUAAUUAUACUCUUACUGCACGGGAUUCGUCUUUAAAAGAAUUUGAUCCUUCUAGGAAAAAGCUCAAACUUGCACAAAGAAGUCAAUGGAAUUCUGAUAGAAGUACACCAACAUUGUUAAACAGUUUGGAUCCCAUUUCACUGUGUGCACCUGCUCAUAUGCCAGAAUUACAUGUACAUUAUGCAGAUAACCAGCCAUUGACCCCAGAAGAACAAUUUGUUGUUAUGCAUUUAUAUGAGAAGGAGAUAAGUAAGCGAGAAAAGCCACCUUCAAGAAAUGAUAUAGAGCGGUACUGUUACUACAUACAUAAUGGAGUGCAGGAAGACAUGCUGGCACCUCAAGAUAAGGAAUUGAUGAACGCAAUUUUAAAGCAUAUUCCAUCUCACAUUCUUGCUAACCCAGACCUGGAAAAUUUACUUGCAAGCUUAAAAGAAGAGAUUAAGGAGGACUAUCGUAUCAGCCUCAUGAAAGCCAUUGUUGAUUAUGUCUUGAUGGAUCCAGCUGAGAGAGAGAGACUGUUUAUUGGAAGUACCCCAUGCCCUUUUCCCCAGAGAGUUGUUCGUGCACCAGUCCCAUGGCACACCUCUUACCAAGAAGUGAAAAGCUGGAAUGAGAGGAAUCUAUUCAUAGUGAAUCCGUUGAUGCCCACUUUGCAACAGCUCUGGCUUUCUCAGUAUAGUCAUCUAAGGUUUGUUCGCACAAAAGAAGUGCUUUGUAGAGACCUGCCACUGUUGCCUACUGAAAUUGAGGAGGUCAUUCGAAGUCACUGUGCGGAAGCUCGCAGUAUUCUUCAGAACAAAUGGAUCCCAACUUGUGCAUCUAUUUUCUUUGAUCAAAAAAGGAAAUGGCUUCAUUUUGCUCCUGAAAAUGAUUGUGGUUCCUCUCAGCAAGUUGAAAGCUAUUUUCAUUCAGUGGCGGCUCUAAUGUCAUUACAAUUACGUGAGAUGGUUGUUAACUCCUUAGAAGAUCUUCUUGCAUUUUUUAUGAUCCACGAGGGUGGAAGUGAUUUUACAGAACCAUAUCAAGAAAUGCAGUUCUUUGUACCUCAGAUAUUAACAGUCAAACUCAGUGUGGAAGAACCCAACAUUGUUUUUGAGCCACCUUUGAAAGAAUGUUGGGAUUUAAUCAGUCAUUGCUUCAGGGAGAUCCUGCAAAGUGCUGAGGAACUUCCAAAGGUAGAAAGAUUUCUAUUUCCAGAAUUAAAAAGAGAUGAUCUCACUCUCAGUACAGUCAAACCAGAUGAGUUGCUGUUUUCAGAGUAUGUGAACAAACUUGAACAGAUCUUUGAGAGCAACAUACUUGGUCCACAGAAGUAUUUAAACACGUACAGGAAAUACAGCAAUCUUUUGAACAACAAUGCACAGCAAGAUGUCACAGAUUUCUUGAAAGAAGGUCAUUCUCUGGAAGCUUUAACGGAGAAGAUUGACAGCUUAACAAAACUGAAAAGAGAGAUUGCUUCCAUGCAUGUCACUGUCCCCCUGGCCAUGUUCUGUCUGGAUGCUGGACAACUGAAUGAGGAACUCUGCAAUCGGACCCAGCAUCUUAAAGACAGAUUGAUUGAAUUUGAAGUGAUGGAAAACAGAGAGUUAAAUAAAAGAAUCUGCAAUGAAUAUAACUUCAUUGCAAAGAGAUUAAGUGAAGUGCCUCUGAACACAGAAGAGCUAGUGGAAUUUGAUGCAUACUUAAAGAAAUCCAGUGAAGUUACUGCUUUUAAAAUGAGACGGGAGGUCUUUGAAGCAGCACACAGACUGGAAUUCCUCAUGGACUAUGCUGAUCUUUCCUAUGAUGACAUAAACCUGAAUAGCACAGUUUUCCAUUGGCCUGAUCAGAUUGAGAUAAUCUUUCAAACCAGUAGAGAUCAGUUGUGUAACAGGAGGAAUCAUGCAGAGAUGGUUUUGCUUGAAAGGUGUUCUCAGUUUGAGGAAACUCUUGAAGGUUAUAAUAGAGAAGUAGAAAGCUACAAAAAGCGGUAUGUCAUGACCAUAGAAGAAAUGAAGAACAACGCUGAGAAAUUUAAAGAGUUAAAUAAGAAUCUAGAUAAUGCACUAACAGAAUUUGAGGCCAUUAAUAGAGAAGAGGAGUUACUUGAGCGGGAGAAGAGUCAAUUUCCUCUACUGCAAACUGUAAUUACAAACAAACAACCCUUUGAGCAACUUUGGAUAACAGCAUAUAAUUUCCAUACCAAAUCUGAGGAAUGGAUGAAUGGAUGUCUCCAGAAGUUGAAUGCUGAUGAAAUUACUGAAGAAACUGGAAAUAUGUGGAGAACUAUGUACAAGCUCAGUAAGAGUUUUCCAGAUUUGGCUGGGCCUAGACGCUUAGCAGAAACUAUGAAAUAUAAGCUUGAUAAAUUCAAACAGCAUCUGCCUGUUCUGUUAAUUGCCUGCAAUCCUGGAAUGAAGGAGAGACACUGGGAGCAGAUUAGUGAAAUUGUAGGAUGUGAGAUCAGACCUGAUGAAACUACUACUCUUAAAAACAUAUUGGAAUUUGGACUCUCAAAAUAUAUGGAUCAGCUGGAACCUAUUGGAACAGCUGCAAGUAAGGAGUAUUCCUUAGAGAAAUCAAUGGAGAAAAUGAAAUUAGAGUGGGUCAGCAUGCAGUUCAGUCUGGUGAAAUACAGGGAUACUAACACCAGCAUCCUGUCAGCAGUUGAUGACAUCCAGCUUUUGCUGGAUGAUCACAUUGUUAAGACUCAGACAAUGUGUGGCUCUUCCUUCAUCAAACCAAUAGAAGCUGAAUGCCGGGCUUGGGAAGCUAAACUGUGUUUAAUUCAAGAUAUUCUAGAUAGCUGGUUAAAGUGCCAGGCAACAUGGUUGUAUUUGGAACCAAUUUUCAGUUCAGAAGACAUUAGAGCUCAAAUGCCUGAAGAGGGCAGAAAGUUUGGGGUUGUGGAUACAUACUGGAAGGACAUUAUGGCACAAGUGGUGAAAGACACCAAGGUACUUGUAGCAACUGAACAACCCAGGAUGCUAGACAGACUUCAGGAAGCAAAUACUCUCUUAGAAGACAUUCAAAAAGGGUUGAAUACUUACUUGGAGAAGAAAAGAUUAUUUUUCCCAAGAUUCUUUUUCCUGUCUAAUGAUGAGCUGCUUGAAAUACUGUCUGAAACAAAAGAUCCCCUUCGAGUACAACGACAUUUAAAGAAGUGUUUUGAAGGAAUUGCUAAACUGGAUUUCACAGAAGAUCUGGAGAUCGUAGGCAUGAUCAGUUCAGAGAAAGAAGUUGUUCCUUUCAUAGAUAAAAUCUGUCCAGCAAAUGCAAAAGGCAUGGUAGAAAAAUGGCUUUUGCAAGUAGAGGAAAUGAUGCUGGCCAGUGUAAGACAAGUUCUUCAAGAUGGCAUAAGAGAUUAUAUCAAGGUUCCUCGAAAAACGUGGGUACUUCAGUGGCCUGGACAGGUGGUUAUUUGCGUUUCAUCCAUUUACUGGACAGAAGAAGUGUCUGAGGCUAUAAGAAAAGGAACUUUACUAGAUUUCUUGAAGAAGAGCAAUCUACAAAUUGGGGACAUUGUUGAGUUAGUGAGGGGAAAGCUGUCCAGUGGAGCCCGGCUGACACUUGGAGGUCUUACUGUCAUUGAUGUGCAUGCUCGUGAUGUUGUUGCAAAACUGGUUGAAGACAAAAUCACAGAUCUGAAUGACUUCCAAUGGAUUUCUCAGCUGAGAUACUACUGGGAAGAGAAGGAUGUAAUAGUGCGAAUGAUUACAACAGAAGCCAAAUAUGGUUAUGAGUAUCUGGGCAAUUCUCUACGUCUGGUUAUAACACCACUAACAGAUCGAUGUUAUAGGACAUUAAUGGGUGCCUUGAAAUUAAAUCUUGGUGGUGCUCCAGAAGGACCUGCUGGGACUGGCAAAACAGAAACAACAAAAGAUCUAGCAAAAGCACUAGCUAAGCAGUGUGUGGUCUUUAAUUGCUCCGAUGGUCUCGAUUAUAAGGCAAUGGGCAAGUUCUUUAAGGGAUUGGCACAAUCUGGUGCAUGGGCCUGCUUUGAUGAGUUCAAUAGAAUUGAGGUUGAAGUAUUAUCUGUAGUUGCCCAACAAAUACUUAGCAUCCAGCAAGCUAUUAUUCGCAAACUCAAAACAUUCAUCUUUGAAGGGACAGAGAUCUCUCUUAAUCCUACAUGUGCUGUGUUUAUCACAAUGAAUCCUGGGUACGCUGGACGGGCAGAGCUGCCUGAUAAUCUGAAGGCACUGUUCCGAACAGUUGCCAUGAUGGUUCCGGAUUAUGCUUUGAUUGGAGAAAUUUCACUUUAUUCAAUGGGAUUUCUGGACUCUCGGAGUCUCGCCCAGAAAAUUGUUGCCACUUACCGGUUGUGCUCUGAGCAGUUGUCAUCUCAGUGUCACUAUGACUAUGGAAUGCGUGCUGUUAAAUCUGUCCUGACAGCAGCAGGAAACUUAAAACUGAAGUACCCAACUGAAAAUGAAAGCGUAUUACUACUUCGGGCUUUGCUGGAUGUUAACUUGGCCAAAUUCUUGGCACAGGAUGUGCCAUUGUUUCAGGGCAUCAUAUCUGACCUGUUUCCUGGAGUGGUUCUUCCUACACCUGACUAUGGCCUGUUUGUCCAGGCACUAACUGAAAAUAUAAAAAAAAUGGAUCUUCAACCAGUUCCGUGGUUCACUGGGAAAAUUAUUCAGAUAUACGAAAUGAUGCUGGUGCGCCAUGGCUUCAUGAUUGUUGGAGAUCCUUUGAGUGGGAAAACCUGUGCGUACAAAGUGCUGGCUGGAGCCCUUGGCGAUUUGUGCGCAGCAAAAUCCAUGGAUGAAUUUGCUGUUGCGUACAAAGUUAUUAAUCCCAAAGCAAUUACUAUGGGACAGUUGUAUGGCAGUUUUGAUCCUGUAAGCCAUGAGUGGACAGAUGGAGUUCUUGCAAAUGCUUUCAGGGAACAAGCGUCUUCUACCACAGAUGAUCGGAAGUGGAUUAUUUUUGAUGGCCCAGUGGAUGCAGUUUGGAUAGAGAACAUGAACACUGUGCUGGAUGAUAAUAAAAAGCUAUGCUUAAUGAGUGGUGAAAUAAUUCAGAUGAGUCCAAAAAUGAGUUUAAUCUUUGAGCCGGCAGACUUAGAGGAGGCAUCUCCAGCAACUGUCAGCAGGUGUGGGAUGAUCUAUAUGGACCCGCAACAGUUAGGUUGGAAGCCAUUGAAGGAUUCGUACAUGAAAACACUGCCUCCAAACCUGCAGGAAGAACACCGAGAGCUGGUCAAUGACAUGUUUAUGUGGCUAGUCCAGCCCUGUUUAGAGUUUAUUCACCUUCACUGCAAAGCCAUUGUACAAACGUCCUCUAUUCAUCUAAGUUAUAGCUUGAUGAAACUCUACACUUGUCUGCUUGAUGAAAUAAAGCAAACCGAGGAAGAGGAGAAGGAAAGCAUGUCUAGUCAGCAGAUCAUCUUGUGGCUGCAGGGGCUUUUCAUUUUUGCUUUGGUUUGGACAAUUGGUGGGAUCAUCGAUGCAGACAGCAGAAAGAAAUUCGAUUUGUUUUACCGCAACUUGCUAAUGGGAAUGAAUGAUGAAAACCCACGCCCUAAAAGUGUGAAGCUUACCAGAAGCAAUAUCUUCCCAGAAAAAGGGAGUGUUUAUGACUUCUAUUUUUACAAGCAUGGCAGUGGGCAGUGGAACUUGUGGACAGAGUACCUCACAAAAGAAGAGCAAGUUAUCUCCCCAGGGGCUAAGGUAUCUGAGCUUAUCAUUCCAACAAUGGAAACUGCCAGACAAAUGUUUUUUCUUAAAACAUAUGUGGAGCAUAAUGUCCCUUUGCUUUUUGUGGGUCCCACUGGCACUGGAAAAUCAGCUGUAACAAACAAUUUUCUACUACAACUUCCAAAGCAAAAAUACAUCCCAAGCUUCAUCAAUUUCUCUGCAAGAACCUCUGCUAACCAAACCCAAGAUAUUAUUAUGUCCAAGCUGGACAGAAGAAGAAAAGGAUUAUUUGGACCUCCUUCGGGGAAAAAAGCUAUAAUAUUUGUGGAUGACCUAAACAUGCCUGCAAAGGAAGUGUAUGGAGCCCAGCCACCUAUUGAGCUUCUCAGACAGUGGAUUGAUCAUGGUCACUGGUACGACAAGAAAGAUAUGUCCAAGAUUAGUAUCAUAGAUGUGCUGCUUGUUUCAGCUAUGGGUCCACCUGGGGGAGGAAGGAAUGAUAUUACAGGACGCUUCACACGGCACUUGAACAUUGUAUCUAUCUGCUCUUUUGAUGAUGACAUAUUAACCAAGAUUUUUACUGCAGUUGCUGAUUGGCACUUCAGCAAAGGCUUUGAGCCAGUGUUUCUAAGGCUGGGAAAGGUGAUGGUCCAAGCGACAAUGGCAAUUUAUAAAAUGGCGGUUGAUAAUUUUCUCCCAACUCCUUCAAAAUCCCACUAUGUCUUUAAUCUACGGGAUUUUUCCAGAGUUAUUAAAGGAGUGCUGCUCUGUCCACACACGCAUUUGCAAGAUGGAGAUAAACUGAUCAGACUUUGGAUUCAUGAGGUUUACCGAGUUUUCGGUGAUCGCUUAGUUGAUGAGGAAGACAGAAAGUUAUUCUUUCAGAUGGUACAAGAGACAACAUCAAAUAGCUUCAAGCAGAGCUUUAAUAAGGUACUGAGUCAUCUCUCACCUACUGGAAAGAUCUCUGAUGAUAGUAUUCGCAGCCUGUUCUUUGGAGACUAUUUGAAGCCAGACAGUAAUGUAAAAGUAUAUGAUGAAAUCAGAGACUUAAAACAACUGAUAACCGUGAUGGAAUACUACCUUGAGGAAUACAACAAUAUCAGCAAAGCACCGAUGUCCUUAGUCAUGUUCAAGUUUGCUGUUGAGCAUAUCUCAAGGAUAUGCAGGGUACUGAAACAGGAUAAUGGACAUCUCUUGUUGGUGGGGGUUGGCGGGAGUGGUCGGCAAAGUGCUACCAAGCUAGCCACCUACAUGAAUGCCUUUGAACUCUUUCAAAUUGAAAUUACGAAGUCCUAUGGAAUCAGUGAGUGGAAAGAAGAUGUUAAGCGAGUCAUGCUGAAAGCAGGUGUUGCUAACAAGAGUGUGUCCUUUUUGUUCUGUGAUAAUCAAGUAAAGGAUGAAUCAUUUGUAGAAGAUAUCAACAUGCUUUUAAAUACCGGUGAUGUGCCUAAUAUCUUUGCAACAGAAGAGAAAGCUGAAAUUGUUGAGAAAAUGCAAGGUGCAGCAAGGCUGGAGAACAGGAAAAUUGAAGCCACUCCCCUUGCUAUGUACAAUUUCUUUACUGAAAGGGUGAAGAAAAAUCUGCAUAUUGUCUUAGCCAUGAGUCCAAUUGGAGAUACAUUUCGGAAUCGAUUACGGAUGUUCCCUUCACUCAUAAACUGCUGCACCAUUGAUUGGUUCCAAACCUGGCCUACAGAUGCUUUGGAAAUGGUUGCUAACAAGUUUUUAGAGGAUGUUGAACUUGAAGAUGACAUUAGAAAAGAGGUUGUGUCAAUGUGCAAAUAUUUCCAAGAAAGUGUGAGAGAGCUCUCCAUCAGCUAUUACACUGUGCUGCAAAGACACAACUAUGUGACACCAGCUUCAUACUUGGAACUGAUUCUUACCUUUAAGACUCUGCUGAAUAGCAAAAGGCAAGAAGUUGACAUGAUGAGAACUCGUUACCUUAUGGGACUUGAAAAACUUGAGUUUGCAUCUUCCCAAGUUGCAGAGAUGCAGAAACAAUUGACUGCCCUUCAGCCUGAACUGCUUCAGACUUCUGCAGAAACAGAGAAAAUGAUGAUCCAAAUUGAAAAGGAAACAACUGAAGUAGAUGCAAAGAAGGAAUUAGUUUCAGCAGAUGAAAAGGAGGCUAAUGAAGCAGCAGCUGUUGCUAAAGCUAUUAAGGACGAAUGUGAAGGAGACCUUGCUGAGGCCAUGCCAGCUUUGGAGGCAGCACUUGCAGCUCUUGAUACCCUGAAUCCUUCAGACAUCUCUCUUGUGAAAUCCAUGCAGAAUCCACCUGGUCCUGUUAAGCUCGUCAUGGAGAGUAUCUGUGUCAUGAAGGGAACUAAACCAGACAGAAAGCCUGAUCCAAGUGGCAGUGGUAAAAUGAUAGAGGACUACUGGGGACCAUCUAGAAAAAUUCUUGGAGAUCUGAAAUUCCUUGAGAGCUUGAAGACGUAUGACAAGGAUAAUAUUCCUCCUGCAAUAAUGAAGAGAAUUAGAGAGAGGUUUAUUGAUCAUCCAGAUUUUCAGCCAGCUGUUAUAAAAAAUGUCUCAUCUGCCUGUGAAGGACUAUGCAAGUGGGUGCGAGCCAUGGAGGUAUAUGACCGUGUUGCAAAAGUGGUUGCCCCAAAGCGCGAACGUUUGAGAGCUGCAGAAGAAAUGCUGGGCAUUCAAAUGCAGAAGCUAAACACAAAACAAGCAGAACUUAAGGAGGUAGUUGAUCGUCUGCAAGAUUUGAAUGAUGAGUUUGACAAAAUGAAUGACCGGAAGAGAGAAUUAGAAAAUAAUAUUGAAGUCUGUUCACAAAAGCUUGUCAGAGCUGAACAACUAAUUAGUGGUCUUGGUGGAGAGAAAGAUAGGUGGACAGAAGCUGCUCGAUUAUUAGGAAUUCGGUACAUAGACCUUAUAGGAGAUGUGCUGUUAUCAUCAGGAACUGUGGCUUAUUUGGGAGCCUUUACUGUCGACUACCGCUUAAAAUGUCAAAAGCAAUGGCAGGUCCUGUGCAAUGAAAAAAACAUACCGUGCUCUAGCGAUUUUAGCUUAAGUAAUACAUUAGGGGAUCCAGUCAAAAUCCGUGCGUGGCAGAUUGCUGGAUUGCCAGUUGAUUCUUUUUCUGUUGAAAAUGGCAUAAUUGUUUCUAACUCAAGAAGAUGGGCUUUAAUGAUAGAUCCUCAAAGACAAGCUAACAAGUGGAUAAAAAACAUGGAGAAAACGAACAGGCUGUCAGUUAUCAAAUUAACUGACACACAUUAUGUGAGGACAUUAGAAAAUGCUAUUCAGCUUGGAACACCAGUCUUACUAGAAAAUAUUGGUGAAGAACUAGAUGCUUUCAUCGAACCCAUUUUAUUAAAGCUAACUUUCAAACAGCAAGGAGUAGAAUACAUGAAAUUAGGGGAAAAUAUAAUUGAAUAUUCAAAGGAUUUUAGGUUUUACCUAACAACCCGCUUAAGAAAUCCUCAUUAUCUUCCUGAAGUGGCUGUGAAAGUUUGUCUACUCAACUUCAUGAUUACACCUGUGGGUCUUCAGGACCAGCUUCUUGGAAUUGUAGCUGCAAAGGAAAAGCCUGAGCUAGAAGAAAAGAAAAAUAAACUGAUUGUAGAAAGUGCAGCUAACAAGAAACAACUAAAGGAAAUAGAAGAUAAAAUCCUGGAGAUUCUUUCCAAUUCAGAGGGAAACAUCUUAGAAGAUGAAACAGCAAUUAAUAUUUUGUCUUCAUCCAAAGAGUUAUCUGAAGAAAUCUCCGAAAAGCAAAAAAUUUCCUCUGUAACUGAGAUGCAGAUAGACUCUACUCGAAUAGGGUAUAAGCCAGUUGCUGUUCAUUCAGCUGUUGUUUUCUUCUGCAUCUCUGAUUUGGCAAACAUAGAACCUGUGUACCAGUAUUCGUUGAUUUGGUUCAUUAACUUGUAUGUUCAUUCUAUUGCUGAAAGCAAAAAGAGUGAAGAUCUAGAAGAGAGAAUUAAAAAUAUAACCGAGCAUUUCACAAUAAGCAUCUAUAAUAAUGUCUGUCGUUCACUGUUUGAAAAGGACAAGCUGUUAUUCUCCUGGCUGUCUGACAAAUCAUGGGCUGAGCUCAUACGUGCGUCUAGUCUGACAAACCUCCAGGGACUAAUGGAACAUGUAAGAGAGAAUUUUUCAAAGUGGAAACUAAUAUAUGACUCUUUAAGACCUCAUGAAGAAACCUUCCCAGAUGCAUGGAGCACACUGAUGGGAUUAGAUCGCAUGGUUGUUCUCAGAUGUUUGAGACCUGACAAAAUUAUUUCAGCAGUGCAGGAGUUCAUUGUGGAAAAUAUGGGAAGAACGUUUAUUGAACCACCUGCUUUUGAUCUUAGAAGAAGUUACAGUGAUUCAAAUUGUUGUGCCCCUUUGAUUUUUGUAUUGUCACCAGGUGCUGAUCCUAUGGCAGGUUUGCUAAAAUUUGCUGAUGAUAUUGGCAUGGGAGGUGCAAAUAUUCAAACUAUUUCGCUUGGACAGGGCCAAGGCCCAAUAGCAGCAAAAAUGAUUUAUCAGGCUAUUACUGAUGGAACCUGGGUAGUGUUACAAAACUGCCAUCUUGCAACUAGCUGGAUGCCUGCUUUGGAAAAAAUCUGUGAGGAAGUUAUAGUGCCUGACAGUACCAAUGAUAAGUUCAGGUUGUGGUUAACUAGUUAUCCAUCAGAAAAGUUUCCUGUUAGUAUUCUUCAGAAUGGCAUCAAAAUGACAAAUGAGCCUCCAAAAGGAGUUAGAGCGAACCUUCUUCGAUCGUACCUUAAUGACCCCAUCUCCGACCCUGUGUUCUUCAGCAGUUGCCAAAAGCCAGAAAUGUGGCAAAAACUGCUGUUUGGCCUUUGCUUUUUUCAUGCUGUUGUGCAGGAAAGGAGAAGCUUUGGCCCACUGGGUUGGAAUAUUCCGUAUGAGUUCAGUGAAUCUGACCUCAGAAUCAGUAUGCGACAGAUCCAGAUGUUUCUGAAUGAAUAUGAAGAAAUCCCAUUUGAAGCUCUGACAUAUCUAACAGGGGAAUGUAACUAUGGAGGUAGAGUAACAGAUGACAAAGACAGGCGUCUGCUCCUGUCGCUUCUUUCCAUAGUCUAUAGCAAGGAUAUAGAGCAGGACAAGUAUAUGCUUACAGCUGGAGAUGACUACUACAUCCCACAACAUGGUCCCUAUGAGUCUUAUAUUGAAUAUAUACAAAGCUUACCAAUUACAACACACCCUGAAGUGUUUGGACUUCAUGAAAAUGCAGACAUCACGAAGGAUAACCAGGAGACUAACCAGCUUUUCCGUGGAGUGCUCCUGACUUUGCCUAGAGAAGCACAGGGAGGUGGCAAGUCCCCUCAGGAAACUGUUGAAGAUUUGGCACAGGACAUCCUAUCCAAAUUACCAAGUGGCUUUGAUAUUGAAGAGGUUAUGAAGGUAUACCCAGUACUUUACGAAGAGUCCAUGAAUACAGUUCUUAGGCAAGAGCUAAUUCGAUUUAACAGGCUUACUGAAGUUGUUCGGAGCAGCCUCAUUAAUUUAGGCAGAGCUAUUAAAGGCCAAGUGUUGAUGUCAUCUGAACUUGAAGAUGUUUUCAACAGCAUGCUAAUGGGAAAAGUACCAUCAAUGUGGGCUGCCAAGUCCUAUCCAUCAUUGAAGCCACUGGGAAGUUACGUGUCUGAUCUGCUCUGUCGUUUGGCCUUCUUGCAGGAUUGGAUCAUCAAUGGGCCACCCACAGUCUUUUGGCUUUCAGGAUUCUUCUUCACUCAGUCUUUUUUGACUGGUGUUCUACAAAACUAUGCCAGAAAAUACUCCAUCCCAAUUGACCAUAUUGGAUUUGAAUUUGAGGUGAUGAAACAGGAGUACACGAUGGAGAAAAUGCCAGAAGAUGGGGCUUACGUGAGAGGCCUUUUUUUGGAAGGUGCACGAUGGGAUAGAGAAUCCUUGGUAAUUGGAGAACCACUUCCAAAAAUCCUCUAUGAUUCUUUGCCCAUAAUAUGGCUGAAACCUGGAGAAAGUUCCAGAUUUCUUCAUAUGAACAUCUAUUCAUGCCCUGUAUACAAGACAAGUGCAAGAAGAGGUGUCUUAUCCACUACUGGCCACUCAACCAACUAUGUUUUCUCAAUUGAACUCCCUUCAGACAAGCCCCAGAAACACUGGAUAAAUCGAGGUGUGGCAGCACUAUGCCAGUUAGACGACUGAGAGUACACAAGUCAAAACACUCACAUUUUGUUACUAACAGAUAUACUUUACUCCC